AUGUCAGAAAAUAUUCAUUCCACUGGUCGCGGUGGCGCAGGCAACAUCACAAACGACACACAUACUUACGUCGAUGGCGGGAUCGUUCGGGAGGGAGAAGUCGGCGACCAAGGUGAUGGCGCAUACUCCGCGGGCCGCGGAGGAGCUGGCAAUAUCAACUCCCCCAAUGUCAAGCCUGUCAAAGGUCAAGCUGGCGACGCGGAUGUCGUGCCCGAAACAGCCAUCAGACAUCCGGGGGAAGGGCCAGGCUAUGAGAACUAUCAUACGGGCAGAGGCGGACAAGGCAACGUCCACAAGGAUGAUACCGACAACAAAGAAAGUCUGAUCGACAAGGUGAAAGACAAAGUUUUGCACCACAAGAAGGAGGAAUCCUAG